AGAUUUAUAUCCAUAAAUUUCCAAAAUAUCAAUAGAUAAUUGUUUUUUUUUUAAAAACCAUUUUUGUAAGUAAAUAGAAAAUGCAAAAAGUGUGAAGAGUGUAUGAAGGGACCAAAUCAAGGCUUUUACUUGUGCAUACCAAAGUUGUGUUUCUCUUAACUUACGUAAGUAAAAUCUCAAAAGCUUUCUUCUACGUUUUACAGUUUGUGUAUAAAACUGAAGCAUAAGAUGUUACAAUAAAUGUAUAUCAUAUAAUCACAUUGUGGAAGCCAAAAAAUGGUUCUAUAUCUAAUUUCGUUACUCCCUAUCCUCGUAGCCACCAUUUUGCUUUAUCAACGAUGGUGGAGAUCCAACAUACCACCAGGACCAAAACCAAAGUUUCUGAUCGGGAACCUCCACCAAAUGAAACCACUUUGGACUCAUUCUUUCUCGGAGUGGUCAGAGACUUAUGGUCCCAUCAUAUCAGUGUGGAUAGGUUCACAGCUCACGGUUGUGGUCUCGAGCUCUGAUUUAGCCAAACAAGUUUUGAGAGACAAAGACAAUCAAUUGUCUAACCGACACAGGAUCGCGAGGAUGACUCAGACCGGUACCGAUCUUGUUUGGUCUGAUUACAGUCCACAUUAUGUAAAACUGAGGAAACUCUGUACACUCGAGCUCUUCUCUCUGAAAAGCAUCGAGAAUUUCAGGUCGUUGAGAGAGAUGGAAGCAAGAUCGAUGGUUGUGUCGAUUCUAAAGGACUUAAUGAGCAACUCAGCCGAUGGCCAGGCAAGAAAACCGUUGGUCGUGAGGAAGUACCUAGCUGCGGUUGUUUUGAACACCAUCUCAAGACUAAUGAUCGGGAAAGAGUUUGGGUCUGAGGAAGGAAAAGAGUUUAAAUCGAUCGUUGAGAAAGAACAUCUUCUCAGUGGCUCAGGGACGCUUCUUGAUCACGUCUGGUGGCUCAAAUGGGUUUCGUCUUGGUUCAUUAGCGAUAAGGAAUUCUUAGCACACAAGGAUCGGAGAACCAAGUGGUUUAGAGGUGCUAUAAUGGUGGAAGAAGAUGUAGCGAUAGAGGACCACAAGGGCUUUGUCCGGAAAUUGUUAGUGUUGAAAGAGCAGAAAGAGCUGAGCGAAGAGACGGUUGGGGGACUAGUCUGGAACAUGUUAACUGCGGGUGCUGACACAACUGCGGUUGUUAUCGAAUGGGCUAUGGCAGAGAUGAUCAAGUGCCCUACCGUGCAAGAAAAGGCGCAACAGGAGCUUGAUUCCGUGGUUGGAUCCGAGCGGUUAAUGUCUGAAUCAGAUAUUCCGAAACUGCCAUAUCUGCAAUGCGUGGUUAAAGAAGCACUCCGGCUUCACCCGUCAACACCGUUAAUGCUUCCGCACAAAGCAAGCGAAACGGUUUGGGUAGGUGGCUAUAAGGUCCCUAAGGGAGCUACGGUUUAUGUCAACGUGCAGGCGAUUGGGCGGGACCCCGCAAACUGGAGAGACCCUUAUGAAUUUAGACCAGAGAGGUUUCUUCAGGAGGAAACCGAUGUUAAAGGUCGAGACUUCAGGGUUCUUCCGUUCGGAUCAGGAAGACGGAUGUGUCCAGCAGCACAGCUCAGCAUGAACUUGAUGACAUUGGUGAUGGGAAAUUUGUUGCAUUGCUUCUCGUGGAGUUCUCCUAUUCCUAGAGAGAGGAUUGACAUGAGCGAGAAUCCAGGAUUGCUUUGUAACAUGAGGACUCCAUUGCAGGCCCUAGCUUUGCCGAGAGCUGCAGCAAGAGUUAUACCUUUACCUUCAGAUUAAAUCAGAUAAUUAAUAACCAUAGACACCAAGAUAAGAUAACGAAACUCCGUAGACCAUGAUGAAUGGAACAAACAUGUUGUCAAAGUCAAACCUAAGAGACAUGUAGCUAUUAUUAUAUAUGGAUAAUAAAAGAGUAUAUAUUCACAUGGAGAAAGCUCAAAAUCUCAUGAUAAGCAUUGCCAAAACUCAAACCUCAAAACACAAUUACAUUACACAUCUAAAUAUAUGAUAGAAGCUCCCAUCCAUGUUACUUUCCUUUAAACCCUUUUCCUGCCACACGUGUAGCUCCACAAUGGAGUGCGUUCCCAUGAUAAAAUAAAAAAUGAAUCUCUCUUUGGAUG